AUGGAAGCUCCGCCCAGUCCCAAAAGACCCCCGAGUGCCAUUCCUUCCGAUUCUGAUAGCCGAAAAGAGCUUGGGAGAGCGGUAACUGCCGACACGUCGAAAGCCACCAGGUUACAAACCGAACAAGUCCCUACUUUACGAGCCUCGAACGAGUCCACGCGAAAAAUUAAGAAAAAUACAAGAGUCACCAUUCCGCCUGCCUAUGGAGCCUCGCAUAACUCACCAAUUGGCAACACUCAAGAAAAGAAGAGCGUGGAUUAUUCAGCCGGUCAAGCCGUCGAAAUUGCUCUGUCAGAGGCAGGUUGCGACGAGCCGGUCUCAGAGAAGACGGAUUCACAGCAGGAGUUAUACCACGCAUUUACGAGGCGGGAGAAGCGGCUUAUGGUAUGGAUAGUAUCAUUUGCCGGGCUGUUCUCUCCACUUUCAAGCAAUAUUUACUUCCCUGCGCUGGUUCAGGGGGUGGCGCCUUCUUUUUGGGGACCUUUGAGCGACACGCGUGGACGCAGAGUCACCUUUAUCUGCACUUUUGGCGUGUACCUCAUCGCAAACCUCGGGUUGGCAUUCAGCGACGACUUUGCCUCAUUGAUGGCUUUUCGAGCAAUCCAAGCUGCUGGCAGUGCCGCGACCAUCUCCGUUGGUGCUGGAGUGAUUGGCGAUAUCACAACAGCAAAGGAACGCGGCGGAUAUAUGGGUAGUUUUGGAGGAAUUCGAAUGCUCGGCCAGUCAAUUGGGCCAGUGAUUGGCGGCAUUAUCACCGAGUUCUUUGGAUUUCACGCCAUCUUUUGGUUUCUCGUCGUCCUUGGUUUCAUAAGUCUCGUGGUUAUUGUGCUCUUCCUCCCGGAAACCCUUCGUCACAUUGCUGGAAAUGGCACUAUCCCACUGCGCGGCAUCCAUCGUCCAGUUGUCACUCGCCAUAUCAGCAAACACUGGAAGCGUCCAGAUGCAGUAUCCAGUGAGGAGGGCAACAUCACGACUUUGACGCCCAAGUUUACUCUGGGCUCGAUAUUAUCGCCACUGCGGUUUCUUUUUGAAAAGGACGUGUUUGUCACGCUAUUGUUUGGGGCUUUUGUGUACACGAUUUGGAGUGUGGUGACUUCGUCGACAACCGCCCUGUUUCAGCCUCGAUAUCGACUCUCCAAUUUGAAAGUGGGCCUCAUAUUCUUACCGAACGGCGCGGCUUGUGUCAGCGGAUCAUACUUUGCUGGCAAGAUUCUUGAUCGCGAUUAUCGGCACGUCGAGUCAGCGUACCGUGUUUCCAACGGGAUCCCGCUCGAGACUCCUCUCAACAGAAAGCAUUUGUCGGACCUUCCACUUUCCCGUGCUCGACUUCGGUCCUCCUGGUAUCUCAUCGUCUUGUUCGUGUUUGCCGUUGCGGGGUAUGGCUUCUCGCUUUCUUCCCCCUUGCUGGCCUCGAGACCGGGUAUAGCCCUACCAUUGGUUUUGCAGUUCGUCAUUGCAAUCACAGCGACGGCCAUCUUUACCCAAAACAGUGCACUGAUGGUGGACUUGUAUCCCGGGGCCAGCGCCACCGCCACCGCUGUCAACAAUCUCGUUCGGUGCUCGUUGGGCGCUGUGGGAGUGGCAGGGGUGCAGUUUAUCAUUGACAAGAUUGGGGUCGAGGCCGCGUUUCUGAUCUUUGCUGUCGUAACAAUUGCUCUCACGCCUUUGAUGUGUCUACAGUGGAAAUAUGGCGAGGUAUGGAGAGCUGAGAGGAUAGCGAGGCUUGCCCGGAGGGAGCAGAGACAAGUGACCGGGGCGCAGGUGUGA